UCUCUCUCUUCACUGUCAGCCUCAGCAGCCUCCACACAACCACAGCUAGACACACUGGUGCAGUGCCGAUCCAUACAUGCAUGUGUAUGUGUCGUUGGUGCCUGGUUUUCUUGCGAGUGCUAAACAUUUCCAUUGUUUGGGUUUAACCUGCGUGAGAAUGUGCCUGCUGUGAGCCUCUCUGCAGCAUCGUUUGUAUGGAGGACCAUGUGUGUGCAGAGUGAGAGACAGCGUGAGGAUGCAUAGUGGGCAGGUGUUGUUGUGAUCGGCGGAGUUUUUUUUUGGUGUACUAUCGUCGUGUUGCUCACUCUUCCCCACCCUCUGCCUCCUAUUUGGUUAUCUUGUGAGGGUAAAAAAAAAAAAAAAAAGCAUCCUGCUGGGAUGUCCACGUCGCCUGGAGUGACAGAAGGGAGCCAGAGGAACUCAUAGAGGUGAAAAGGAGAGCAGAGAAACACCUUGUGAGUACACAGCUUGUACUGUUGUCUGCUGAGCAGAGAGAAACAGCCUGUGAGGGGACAGUUUGUCAGCCUGCAUGAUGAGUGUGGAAACCGGUGCGCCAAGUACAAACUCAGUGGAGCUAGAUGCCGAGCAUGCACAAAGAGUCCCUGGAGCGGAACCAGGAGGGAUCCCAACCCCUCAAGUCAAGCUGAAAGAAAGGCAGAAGUUCUUUGAGGAGGCCUUCCAGCAAGACAUGGAGCAGUAUCUGUCUACUGGCUACCUGCAGAUCACUGAGAGGAGAGAGCCAAUAGGAAGUAUGUCGUCCAUGGAGGUGAACGUGGACAUGCUGGAGCAGAUGGACCUGAUGGACAUGUCCGACCAUGAAGCUCUGGAUGUGUUUCUGCACUCUGGGGGAGAGGACAACAGUGCUGCGUCGCCUGUCGCAGGUCCAGAUGUUGAGUCCUUCACCACAGAGAUCAGUCUUCAGGUCCCCACCCAGGCUGAGCUCCGCCACAAGCUUUCCUCCCUCUCCUCCACCUGCACCGACUCUGCCAGCCAGGACACAGAGGCCGGGGAGGAGGAUGACGACGAAGAGGAGGAGGAGACGGAGCAGGGAGGAGGAGGUGGAGGUGUAGGUGUGGGAGAGAGGAGGAGGAGAAGGCCCCCUGUGGUGGUGACCCUGGAUGACGAGGAGGUGCACCCUGACACAGCGCUGGUGGACAAGACGGAGCAAGAGGAGCGGAGCAGCAAAGACUGUGGGGAGAGCAGGUCGAAGGUUUGAGGAGACAAGGACUGGAUUCAAACACAAACACGCACACGCACACACAGAGCUGCGAAACAAAUCAAAGUGAUGUAUAACAUGAUUGGCUUCCUUCAAAAACACCUAACCAAUUAUACACUGAGGUUGCACUAACUGCCACAUGACCUUGCCUUAAAAGCCCACACAUGUGAGUUUUUAAUUCUAAUUGAAUCCUGUGAAUUAGCUUUGAAUUCCCUUUAGCAUUUUAGCAUUAAAUAGCUUAACAUGAAUGCUAACACUGUAGCUUUGACCAUGCUAACAGGCUGCAGCAGUUAAGCAUUAAUAUACUGUUGCAUUAUUGAAGCACAUUAGAAACAUGAAAGAACAUUUUCUCUGUCAUGUUUAUGUUUGAUUUGAUCAUCUAACUAAAGUCUACAUAAAUAUAACAAGUUUUUAAUCACAUAAGUAUGGAAGAACAUCUCGUUUUGGUUAAAUUCGUCCAGGUUUUGAAAAUCUGUCGUCAGAUAUAUGAGCCGUUGUCCCAGUGAAAUAAAAAGAAAAGUCUGUUUCUAUUAAGUCCUUAAAACAUUUAAAAAUGACACUUUAUUAGCAACAUUUCUUUCAAGAGAUACAUCCCUUUUAAUGCUGAGUAAUGCACAGAACUCUCUGUCACAGGAAGUGUGUCCUUAAUAUCUAAAAAUCCUGUGCUGACUAAGCCUGGAAUCACUAAGUUGUUUUGACAAAGAAAAUUGGAGUUAUUAGCAUGCAGCCAUUCACAAAUGACUUGCUCGGCACACAUGGAAUACGUUUCAGUAAGGUCACAGCUUAACCCUGAAUGCUUGCUGCAUUUCUUUCACAUGUUUAUGAUCAAGAUUAAAUACCUAUGAGAUAAUCCUUUUCUGCCACUGGCUUUUAUAAACACACGUGUCAUAACUGGCAGUCACCUGGCAGUGGGUUUCAAACCACAUAGUACUGUAAAGCAGAGUUCAGGUAUAUGGAGAUCUUUGAGAGGCUGAUUAGAGUGAAAUCAUUGAAAUAUAUGAACAAGAAUCAGUAUGUACCACCCUCCUUCAUAAACAGUGGGAUAAAGGCUACUCUUGUGUUUUCAUAUCUGAGUGUGCAUGCUUGUAAAGCUUUUUCAGUGCACCAUGAAGUCGUUUCACUUUAAUAGGGAGACACACCGUGGGUCUGGAGUCUUUAUCCAAUCAGAGUUAGCCUUAGAUGUGAGCCAUAUGCGUGCAUGUUAUGUCUGCAUUAUUGAACAGCUACAUUUAGUUGAGCCAAUGUGUCAAAACAAUAUGCUUUAUUAUCUAGUGUGUAAUAGGUUUCACAUGAAUAAGCAGACUGAGAAUAAAAGUGUAUUACAUUUUGAAGAAACCCCUUAAAUAACAGCUCUACUAUCCCUCUUUGAUGGCACAAUGACUCAUGAAAGGAAGAAAAGCAGAUCCCCCCCUCAAGACUUGAAGUCCUGUUAAUAACUGUGUAACCAAGAGUUGAGUGGGAGCGACACGUCCAUCAAGAAGCGUGCAGCGCUUUACACAGGUUGGCAGAAAUCUUAAGAGAAAGUGAACUCCUCUUGUCACUGGUGUUAGCUUGUUAUUAUCAGAAGCAACAUCAUGGUGGGGAAGAGAAAGAAUUCUUGCAUGAUGUGGUUUUCAAUUUGACAUUAGCUAUUAAUAUCUCCCUAUAGAUGAAGGUAUGCUGCGCUGCACGUUGUUCCUGAAUCUGCUCCUGAGUGAGCGUGUGAAUGAUUGACCACCAGCUCACAAAUCUAUGUCUUAUUGUGUUUGUAAUAACUUUAUUUAAAAGUUAGGAUUUAACCACCUCUCUGUCACACUGAAAUGUAAACACAAAGAGCCUUUAUCCUGCUGUGUGAUGAUGGUGGUGUGUGGAAAAUCCCCAGUGUUUGUUCAGGUUUUCAAGGUGUGUGUGAGCACAUUUACAUGUUGUCACCGGUAUCAGCCUCUCAAAGACAUUGAUUUUCCACAUACACACAUACACACAUACACACACACACACACACACACACACACACACACACAGGAGGGUUACCCAUUGCCAUUCCUUUGACCAAUAAUAUUUGGGUGAACUUCUCCUGGUGAGCGAGGACCAAAUCCCUGUUUGGACUGCGUGCUAUGCACUGGACCCCCAGAAGGUUUAACUAUAUCAACAUGAUUUUGUACAGAAAUGUUGACAUUCGUGCCAUGUGACAGCGUUACUUCCUUCCUUCCUUCCUUUCCGCUGCCUACAAUUUCUGACUUGUUGGUAAUAAAUGUUUCUCCCUAAGCAUUGUUUUAAUUCUCAUAUCCAGCAUUUCAGGUACAGAGUUAAGAGAGUGAAAUGUGAGCAGGAUUUCGGAUUUGAGCAUGUUAACAGUCCCUGUGCGCUCACUCUGAUUUAUAGUCCUGCUGCCUGAGCUCUUUAGAAAUGGAAAACUGACACAGUGAGUGAAUGGAUAGUGUGUGUUCUGCAAGAGAGGAAUGUGGUUUUAAAUACAGGGGGAGAAUAUUAUGCCAUGUAUUUAUUCAUUACUAUAGUCAAAUGUUUUUAACUGUAAAUGAAGGCGAAGCAAUACAAGUGUUCUGUUCAGAGUAAAAUUACAUUUGAAGGCU